AUUAGUCAUCGCUCCAGACCAGUGGGUGGUGGUAAUACACAAAAAGUCGUUUGUCAAACGCCAUUAAAAACCGAGUAAGAAGAAGCGGCGGCGGCGGCAGCAGCAGCCUUGUGACGGGCCUUUAUUGACUUUUACAUUUAGACUUUAAAUCUUUCAGGAAUAUACUCAUUAUGCCAACAAUUAAGCUGCAGAGCUCCGACGGAGAGAUGUUUGAAGUGGAUGUUGAAAUCGCCAAACAAUCUGUCACUAUAAAAACAAUGUUGGAAGAUUUAGGCAUGGAUGAUGAAGGGGAUGAUGAUCCUGUUCCUCUCCCAAAUGUCAAUGCAGCCAUUCUCAAAAAGGUAAUUCAGUGGUGCACACAUCACAAAGAUGAUCCCCCACCUCCUGAGGAUGAUGAGAACAAAGAGAAAAGGACUGAUGACAUCCCUGUGUGGGAUCAGGAGUUUCUCAAAGUGGACCAGGGCACACUUUUUGAGCUCAUUCUGGCUGCAAACUAUUUGGACAUCAAAGGAUUACUAGAUGUCACCUGCAAAACAGUUGCAAAUAUGAUUAAAGGAAAAACACCAGAAGAAAUCAGGAAGACGUUCAAUAUUAAAAAUGACUUCACAGAGGAAGAGGAAGCUCAGGUACGCAAGGAGAACCAGUGGUGUGAAGAAAAAUAAAGUUCAUCCAGAUAAUAUCACACUGUAUGGAUUAUUCCCAAAACACAUUUACUGGUUGCACUGCAUUAUUCAUAUUUGCUGAUAUUUACAAAUAGAUCAGUAGAAUUAGACCUCUUGUGUAUUGAUAGCAUGAUCCUCCUCAUUGCUUGUUUAGUGUAAAAGAAUAUAAUUUAAGUGGUAUCUGUUUUUAUUAUUCUUUGUAUAUUCAGCAGAAAUAAAUAGUAUAUUCACCUGUCCCAAUUAGAUGAAGUUUACUUUUAUUUUAUCAUUAUUUCUUAUAUCAUCAGGAAACCAAGUUAAAUUUUGACCGUUUUUCAGCCAGAUAAUUUUUUUGCAAUGUAGAUAUAUUUACCUAGGCUUCUCAUAACUCCUUAGUUUCUAUUCUUCUAACAAAGCAUAUACUUAUCAUUUAGUUCAAAAAUAAAACCUACAAAAUGUA